AUGCCUCAGAAAGAGUACUCUCCCCGGGACUACAAACAAGUCCCAACCAAGGACUCUCAAGUCCACCUCUCAUCCAAAGCAAAGAACAACGAAUCUUUCGAUUUUACUUUUGAGCCCAUCCGCAAGAACCUCUUUCGGGUGACUUUCACAUCCCCCGGCCAUCCCACACCGCCAUUCCCCAGCGUGACCAAACCACCAACCGACCUUGCUAAUGUCAAAGUAGCCGUGAAAGACACCGCCCCAACAGCAAAAAUCCUCGAAGUCGGCGACAUAACUGCCUCAAUCGAUUGGAGCCACACCCCUGUCAUCACGCUCUCCUGGACCGGCGACGAAGUCAAACCCGGAUCCGGCCAAAAAGCCCUAUACAAGGAUCUCCCACUCCGUUCAUAUGUGGCAGAUGGCACCGGCAUCGCGCAUUAUACCGAACAUGACCGCGAGGCUUUACACGUGGGAUUGGGAGAGAAGCGCGCCCCCAUGGACCUGAGCGGCCGCAACUUUCAACUCUCCGCGACAGACUCAUUCGGGUACGACGUGUACAACACUGAUCCGCUGUACAAGCACAUCCCGCUACUCAUCAAGGCGACUCCCAACGGGUGCGUGGCGAUCUUCUCAACCACACAUGGACGGGGUUCGUGGUCCGUGGGCUCUGAGAUCGAUGGUCUCUGGGGCCAUUUCAAGGUCUACCGGCAGGACUAUGGUGGUCUAGAGCAGUACCUCCUCGUCGGCAAGACACUAAAAGAUGUCGUACACUCCUACGCAGAGCUAGUCGGUUUCCCACUCCUUGUUCCCCGCUGGGCAUACGGGUACAUAUCCGGCGGGUACAAAUACACCAUGCUGGAUGACCCGCCCGCGCACGAAGCCCUCAUCGAUUUCGCAGAGAAACUCAAAAAGCAUGAUAUCCCCUGCUCCGCGCACCAGAUGAGCUCUGGGUACUCGAUCUCUCAAACAGAGCCGAAAGUCCGGAACGUGUUUACGUGGAAUCGGUAUCGGUUCCCGGACCCUGAGAAAUGGAUUGCGAAGUAUCAUGGGUAUGGGAUUCGGUUGCUUACAAAUAUCAAGCCGUUUCUUUUGCAGUCGCAUCCUGACUUCGAGCGUCUUACCGAGGAAGGUUCCUUUUUCAAGGAUUCUGAUACCAAGGAACCGGGGUACAUGCGUCUUUGGAGCGCUGGAGGUGCAACUGGUGGUGAUGGAUGCCAUAUCGAUUUCACCUCGGAUUUUGGGUUUAGAUGGUGGUACAAUGGCGUGCUGAGUCUGAAACGUGCGGGCGUCGACGGUAUGUGGAACGAUAACAACGAGUACACACUCCCCAACGACGACUGGGAACAUGCCCUAGACCACCCAGCCGUUCUCGACGCUGCGCAGAAGCAUCCCAAUGCUGUUGGGCUCUGGGGUCGUGCGCUACAUACAGAGCUGAUGGGUAAGGCGUCGCAUGAUGCGCUGCUGGAGUUGGAGCCUAAGUAUCGGCCGUUUGUAUUGACGAGGAGUGCGACGGCUGGCCCCCAACCCUCCCCCGAACUCCUUCUCCGCUGGGUCCAACUAGGAACACACAGCCCCCGCUUUGCAAUAAACUGCUUCAAAACCUCCCCAACAAACAACCAAGUCGGCGAAGUCAUCGAACCAUGGAUGUACCCCGAGAUCACACCCAACAUCCGCGCCGCCAUAAAGCGCCGCUACGAGAUACUCCCCUACAUCUACUCCCUGGGACUGGAGAGUCAUUUCACCGCAUCUCCGCCGCAGAGGUGGAUUGGGUGGGGAUACGAGAGCGAUCCGGAGAUUUGGAGUCAGAAACUCAAGGAUGGCGAAGAACAGUUCUGGCUUGGAGAUAGUUUACUGGUUGGUGGGGUUUAUGAGGCUGGGGUUGAUGUUGCGAGAGUUUAUCUCCCGCGGAAACAGGAGGAUGGGGAGUUUGACUAUGGAUACGUCAACUUGAACGAGCCGUAUACUUACCUUGCGGCUGGGCAGUGGGUUGAUAUCUCCUCACACUGGAAGACUAGCAUCCCGCUCCUUGCGCGGAUUGGAGGCGCGAUUCCCGUCGGGAAGGACGUUCAAACUCGCGUUCCUGGUGAUGACACUGAUGCUUCCCUGGCCGUUCAGGAAGUCGAUGACUACCGGGGUGUGGAGAUUUUCCCGCCAAAGGGUAGUUCGCACGGGCGUAUGUUUGUGAAUAGUUGGUUUGAGGAUGAUGGAAUUUCUAAGGAGACGCGGACUUCGAAGUAUACGGUUCGGUAUAGCUCAACUGAGGAGAAGGUGGUUGUUGGGUUUGAGCGUGAUGAAAAGGGGUUUGUGCCGGCUUGGAGGGAUCUGGAUGUGAUCUUGCAUUAUGGGGAUGAGAGGAGGGUCGAUUCCGAUGAUGGGAGUGUGGUUGAAUAUAAGGGGAAGGAUGGGAGAGGAAGAGUGGUGUAUAUUUUGAAGACAUGA